AUGGUGGGAAUAACAACAACUUCAACUAUACCACCAACGACAGCCACACCAUCAACAACCAUAUCAUCUACGACAACUGUAUCAUCAACGACAUCUAUACCAUUAACGACAUCUAUACCAUUAACGACACCUAUACCAUCAACGACAACUGGAAACAUCACAGGAAGUUCAAAUAGUACAUCAGGAUCAAUUUCGAAUUCAAGUUCAAACAACAUCACCUCAAACGUUCAAAAUGGGACUGGUACGGCUAAUGGAUUAAAUGGUGGAUCUUUGAACAAGGGGUCUUGUUGUAAUAAAGACUACACCUGUCAAAACUAUCCCUGUCUGAUAUUUGAUGACGAAUUUGAUAUUUUGAACCACUGUGUCUGGGAACAUGAAAUAACAGCUGGUGGUAACGGGGAUUCAGAAUUUCAAUACUACACAAGCAACAGAACUAACAGCUAUGUCAGGAACGGUAUCUUGUAUAUUAAACCAACUUUGACCUCUGAUCAUUACGGAGAAAAUUUUCUGACAUCAGGAACACUUGAUCUUUGGGGUGGAUUUAAUGAUGAUGAAUGUACCAGUAAUGCAUAUUCCGGAUGUAAAAGAACCGGAAGUGUUGCUCAUCCAAUAAAUCCAGUUCAGUCGGCUCGGUUACGUAGUAAAAGAGGAUUUAGCUUUAAGUAUGGAAAAGUUGAAGUCGAAGCCAAAAUGCCAAAAGGAGACUGGAUAUGGCCUGCGAUCAAGAUGUUGCCGAAAUGGAAUUCCUACGGCAGAUGGCCUGCGUCCGGUGAAAUGGACAUAGUAGAGGCAAGAGGAAACAUGAAUUAUAAAGGCUCAAAUGGAGUUACCAAAGCUGUUGAUAGUGUUCAAAGUUCUCUUCAUUUUGGACCUAAUCCACAACAUGACCAAACCGCUAAAGCAACUGUCGAGAAGAUAUUAACAUCCAGCACUUUUGCAGACAAGUUCCAUAAAUUCUCUGUGGAAUGGGAUGAAAAACGCAUAAGUUUUUCUGUCGACGGUGUAGAAAUUUUGAAAAGUGAACCAAAUCUAGGAGGUUUUUGGGAAAUUGGAGGAUUAAACUCAACAGGACUGACAAACCCUUGGCAUGCUAAUGUUGGAGGAUCUACCAUGGCGCCUUUCGAUCAGGAGUUUUACCUCGUUUUGGAUGUUGCUGUUGGUGGCACUACAUUUUUUCCAGACACGUGGAUGAAUUUUCCAUAUCCAAAACCUUGGAGGGAUGCGUCGGAUUUCGUUGUUAGAGAUUUUUGGCAGGCCAGACAUUUGUGGCAUCCAACAUGGAGUCCACAAAUAAACAAUGGAGAAAAUGCUGCGUUAUGA